AUGGAGCUCCAUAUGUUCAGUGACGAGCAGAUGGUGGUGAAGAAUGUGAUGAAUCGUGUAUUGAAAGAAAUGGACACAGUGCCGUUAGAGGUUGCUAAGCAUCCAGUGGGUAUGGACGAAGCUGUACGCGACUUUGACACGAUUGCACUUCAAUCUGGUGGUGAGAAUGUACAGAUUGUCGGGAUUUGGGGCAUGGGUGGAUCCGGCAAAACCACCCUCGCAAAAGAAAUAUAUAACAAGAGAUGCUUGUCCGUGAAUUUCUCCAGUUUUCUCUCUGAUGUCGGAGAUGCUGCAGAGAGGGGCCUCUUACUAGAGAAACAGAAGACACUUUUGAAGGACUUUAAUGUCAAAGACGUAUCCUUUGACAAUGUUCACCGAGGCAAACAGAUUCUCAAUACCCGUGUAAAAUCUGUUUCUGUGCUUAUUAUUGUAGAUGAUGUGCAUCACACAGACCAAUUGGAUACUCUAUUACCAACAAGGGAGAACCUUGGGCAUGGAAGUUUGAUUAUUGUUACCACACGUGAGCUUGAUGUUCUUAAAUCGUGGGACAUCUCUGCCAUAUAUCCAAUGAGAGCACUAAGUCCCACUCAUGCGAAAGAACUUUUUUGUUGGCACGCGUUCUUACAAUCUUCUCCACUCAGCGGGUUCAAGAAUCUCGUUGAUGAGUUCUUAAAUUCUUGUCAUGGGCUCCCUUUGUCACUCAAAGUCUUAGGGGGACAGCUCUAUGGCAGGUCUGACAAGGAUUAUUGGCAGCGCACAUUAGGUAAAUAUUCCGGAAUAUUGCCCAACGAGAUCAAAGAACGUCUGAAAAUUAGCUAUGAUGCACUUGAUGAAGAAGAGAAGGAGAUGUUUUUGGAUACAGCGUGUUUCUUCAUUGGGCGAAGGAGCAGUACCGCCAUUGCAGUAUGGGACGCAUCAAAAUGGGAUGGUCUUCUUGGCUGGGAAAGGCUUUUAAACAAGUGUCUUGCUGAGAUAGACGAGGGGAAUCGCAUAAAAAUGCACGAUCACUUGAGAGAUUUGGGAAGAGAUAUCGCAAAUCGACAGACACCUUAUCGUGCGUGGUUUCGGGACCAGAUUAUCAAGAUUCUGCCUCAACAGGAACGAAUACAAAUCAGAGGAAUAGCAGACGCAAUUGGUGACAAGUGGUAUUCUCCACAAGGGGAGAUCAUAGUAAACACAAACCAAGGAGUUCGUGGCCUCACGCCUUGCUCGGUUGGAUUGAAGAUUCUUGUUUGUACAGGACAUUACAUUAAUAAAAAAAAUGGCCAACUACCAAGUGAUCUGGUCUGGCUUCGUUGUUAUCAAUUUCAGCACAGCCACCUUCCGUCGUGGCUUUCAUUGAAAAGCCUGAGAAUUUUGGAGCUUCAUGGCGCUCGGAACUUAGAAGACUUGUGGGACACUGAUGCGAAUGCUCCUUUGCAAUUGAGAGAGGUCAGAAUCGUGGACUACGGGAAUUUCAGAGGAUUUCCCAAGUCGAUAGGAGAUCUGAAGCACCUGAAAGAGAUAUGGAUUAAGCCCAAAUCCUCUGAAAUGGCAAAUCUUCCUAACGAAUUUUCGCUUCUCCGAUCCCUUGAGCAUCUACAUUUAUCCAGGUGUAGAAAACUAUCAUCCCUGCCCAGAGAUUUUGGCAAUUUGGUACUCCUGUGGAAUCUAGAUUUAUCCUACUGCUCGCAGUUGACCAUGUUGCCACAGUCGUUUAAGCAGCUGGUGCUGCUGGAAUAUCUCAAUUUAGAGGGGUGCGAGGAGCUCACUUUCAAGUCAGAGAAUUUAGACAUCCUGGAGGACAUGAUAAAGUUGGAGUAUUUGAAUCUGAAUGGAUGCAGGAAACUAGAGUUGUUGCCCCUCCCAAGGGGAGCUUCUUUGACAGAGCUCUAUUUAAAGGACACCAAGUUGAGGGAGCUGCCAGCUAACAUCGGUCAUCUAAGCAAGUUGCCAGUGCUGGAGAUAAGUAGUGAAUUGUUGGAAACCCUGCCAAACACUCUCGGUGAUUUGUCCUCAUUAAAAACACUUAAAAUAUCUUCCUGCCCCAACUUGGAAUAUUUGCCAACAUCUCUUUGGCAUUUGUUGUCCUUAUCUGAACUAGAAAUUGCAUCUUGUGUUAAGUUGCAAUCUUUACCGGACUCUCUUGGCAAUCUUAAUCUCUCCAAGCCAGCGUGCAGGAUCAAGAAAAUACAUAUAACAUCUACGAAUGUGUCCAAGAUUUCAAUUUCCGAAGAGUGUUGUCCCUGCCUUGUGACUCUUACUCUUCGAUAUAAUCAGAUUUUAAGGGAGGUCGAAAUCCUGCCAAGAACAGUGGAGAGCAUAAAAGUAGAGCACUGUGAUUUGCUAGAGAACAUCAGAUGUAUUUCUAACCUUGAAAAGCUUCAGGUGAUGACAAUAUGUUACUGUCCGAAAUUGGAUGGACUGCCAAGUUUUGCUAAAUUAGUUUCCUUAAAAGAUUUUGAAUUGGUAGAUUGCCCCAAAGUGAAGAAGAUAGAAAGUAUAGAAGGUUUGGAAUCAUUGGAAAAAAUCAAAAUAAUUGACUGUGGAGAAUUAGAAGCGCUUCCAAGGCUUGCAGACUUGACUUCUUUGAAAACGCUUAAUUUGCGAAAUUGCCCCAAAUUGGAGAUGGAAGGUUCAGAAUGUUUGGGAUCACUGAAGAAGCUGAAUAUAGUUGCCUGUCCAGGAUUACAGGCCCUUCUAAAGUGUGUAGAAGAGUUGUAUUGA